UGGCCCCUCCCAGCGACCUGUUUUCCAUCCGUUCAUCAUUUACGGGUUACUCUCCUAGUCGAUUGCUGGCCGGGAAUUCAUCCCAUCUUUUUCCGCAAUGGCACAGCAUCAUGCCGCGUCCAAGAAGCGGCGUCGCGAGCCGUUCAACGUCGACACCAAAUUGGUCGAGAUCUAUGAGGAUCUCGCCAGUGAAAAGGACGACAUCAGACUGAAGGCUGCCCAACUCCUGGUCUCACAGUUUACCCCGGACAAGAACCCCGCCGAUGACCAGAUCAAAAAGGUUUUGCAAAGACUCUUCCGUGGUCUCUGCAGCAGCCGUAAGGCCGCCCGAAUCGGCUUUUCCAUCGCCUUGACCGAGGUCAUUUCUCAGGUCUUUGGCUCUCCGCGGGACUCUUCCGAGUUGAGCAUCUCUACCGUGAUGAACAUUUGGGAGUCACAGACCAACGCUACCGGUGGUGAGUCCGGUCAGGAACAAAGAGACCAUCACUUUGGUCGUCUGUUUGGCGCGGAGGCCAUCAUCAAGUCAUCCAUCUUGUUCAAGGCCGGUGUGCCCUUCAAUGAGUGGACCAAGCUUCUGGACCUUGUGUUUGAGCUGGCCAAAAAGAAGCCAUGGCUCCGGGAGGAAUGUGGCUGGAUUAUCUAUCGCUGCAUCUUCGAACUCGCGGCUCAGAAGGCCGAGGCCAAAUUCGUGGAAUCGGCUCUUGAUCGUUUGUGCUCGAACGAGCUUGCGCGGACCCCCGAGGGUGUGGCCAUUUGGCUUGCAGCUAAGGAUCUGUUCCCGGAUGUGCAAUUCCCAGGCAAGGUCUGGAAGCACGACGACCCUCUCGAUGUGCGCGAGAGAAACCAGUUGGCCAAGGUUAUGAAGGAGUCUUCCACUGCCGAGUCCGAAAGCGAGGGUGGAAAGGCCAAAUCGUCCGGAGUGUGGAACUCGAAGCUUCACUUUGCCUGGGACACUGUUAUCUCCAGGCUCGGCGACGCGCCGGUGAAGGAGACAUCUAAGUCGAAGUCUUCGGGUCGUCUUAGCUUCGUUGACUUCUGGACGGAAGUUGUCGACAACGGUCUUUUUUCCUCCUCUUCGUCAGAGGAGCGUAAAUACUGGGGCUUCCUUCUUUUCAACAAGGUCAUCAACGAAAGCCCGUUGAAAUUGGCUUCCCUGGUGUUCACAAAGAACCUCGUCAGGUGUCUGAUGAACCAGCUUGCCGUCGAGGACAGAUAUCUGCACCGCAUGGCCGUCAAGGCUGCCAAGGCUAUUCAGACCCGCGUUUCAAAGGAGCCCGCAUUUGCUGCCGCUUCUGUCCACGGUCUCAUGGGCCCAUCUGGGUCUGUGAGUUUCGAUCAAGCCACCAAGACGAAGACAGUAGAAAAGAUCGUUGUGGAAGCCAAUUUGGACGCCCUGAAACAGAUCGUUCCGCUUUUCGUAUCUCUCCUUGCGUCUCCGGGGACGACUGACAGCAAGGCUGCCGCAUCAAGCCGUCAGGUCUUGGCUGGCUUGCUCCUGUCCAUCGUUCGUGCCCGGGCUUCGGCUAGCGAAGCUGAAGAGGGUAUGCAGAAGGUUCUCGAGCAGAUUCUGUUCGCUUUUGUCCGCUUGGCCUAUUUCAAGCAUAACGAGGGGGAUGAAAACCAGUCUGCUGUCCCGCCUUUGACUGAGCAGACACAGGAACUCUUCCGGAGCCGGAUCAACUCGUGUAUUAACAGUCUCAUUGCUACCGAGAAGUAUGCGGGAGUUCCGUAUGCUGUUGUUCGCAAAAUCCGUGACGCAGUCGAGUCGGAGGAACACGGCAAGUUUAUCAUCAACAUGGACGACGCCAUCCAAGAGUCGGUGAAGGGCGCCUUUAAGUCGCUGAAGAAACUCUCCAACAUGGAGAAGGGUGACAAGGCCAGCAUCGAUGCUUUCAAGCUGCUUUACUCUUUGACAAUCCUCCAAGUGUACAACGGUGAUGCCGAUGCUGCUUCCAUGCUGGAAGAACUCGACUUUUGUUACACUAAGAUCUUUGGCGACAAAAAGUCCAAGAAGGAGGAGACGUCGGAUGCUUCGGAUGCUUUGGUAGAAAUUCUUCUGAGUUUCGCUUCGAAGCAAUCCCAACUCUUCCGCCGCAUGAGUGAACAGGUCUUUGGUGCUUUCGCAGACAGCAUCACGGAAAACGGCCUGGAGUCGUUGACUUCUAUUCUGGAAGCGAAAGAAAGUCUGGCUGGUCAGCAAGAGAUGUUCGACCAGCAGGACGACGAAGGCGACGAGGAUAUGAUGGAUGUCGACGAGGAAGACAGCGACGUCGAAGUUGUUGAAGCAGCAGGCUCCGGCGAUGAGAGCGACGAUGACGAGGCAGAGGAAGAGUCGGACGACGAUGCCAAUGACGAGGAAGAAGCCCUCUUCGAGGCCAAACUCGCCGAGGCCCUCGGCACCCACCGCGCCGACAAGGACCUGAACGAGGAUUCGGAAGGUUCGGACGCCGACAUGAACGACGACGAGAUGGAGGAGAUAGACACGCAGCUCGUCAAGGUGUUCAAGGCUCGUCGUGACGCUCUAGGCCAGAAGAAGGACAAGAAGGAUGCCAAGGAGAACAUGGUCAACUUCAAGAACCGCGUCCUCGAUCUCCUCGAGAUCUACGUGAAGAAGUGCCACUCGAAGCUCCUGGCUCUUGACCUUCUUCUCCCCCUGCUGCGACUGACGCGCCGCUCCACCGUCAAGCAGAUCUCCAACAAAGCCAGCGGGGUGCUCCGUGAAUACACUAAGCACUGCAAGGGCACUGCGCUCCCCUCACUGGAGUCGACCGAGCCCGUCUGGGAUCUGUUGAAAUCGAUCCACACCGAAGCCACCCACAGUGGGCCGCCUGCGCAUGCAUCCGGCUGCAGCCAGGCCAGUCUACUGGUGGUGAAGACCCUGGCGGCGCAUGACAAGCAGACCAUUGCGGGGGCUGUGGACGUCUACGCGGAGACGCGAAAGGCGCAGCUGCUCAGCAAGAAAUGCCACGUCCAGCCAUCGUUCUUCACGGACUGGAACAAUUGGUGUGUUUCUUCGAGCAAGCAGAUGAAGAACUAGUUGAGCUAGUUAGAUACAUUUACGGGAUGCUUCCCAACAUGUAAUAUACUGCAUUCCUAUAAAUAUAGCGAACUCCAC